CAUGCACUGUAUAUAAUGUCAGAUACCACUUUAGGCCAAGGUUUUAUGUGCUACUAAUAAAAUCUAUAUCAGGUCAUAGGAUCAUAAUUCAAUAUUGGGUAUUGGAGUGGGGCUCAUUUUCCUUCACAGCAGAUUGAAGGGAAUUUUGAGAGCAAUAUUGGAUACAUUUGAAUGGGAACCCUGGUUUUAGAAGAGACCUUUCUUUCUAUUUCCCCCUGUGAAACUGAUGCUUCAGUAUCACCUUAUGUUCAGUUUCUAACUAGAGAAUUAAGUAGCAUGCAUUUCAGUUUUAUUGUAUACUUGUGACCCAGCUGUUUUCAAGUUUUACAAUUUAUAACACCCAAGAAGGGAUUGUACAAAAGAAGGCAAUGAAGUUGUAAUUCUGAAGAUGUUUGGUGGACAUUAUUAAUAGAACUUUUGGUGCUUCUAUUCAAAUGAAAAAUUUGUGACACCCAAAAUUUUAAAUCAGAAUCCUCACUGGAUGUGGUGUUACAUGACUAUAUAUAAUUCCAGAAUUUUGGAGGUAGAGGCAGGAGCAUCAGAAUUGUAAUAAUUUUUUAUCUAUAUAAUUAUUUUAGUUGAGCUACAUGAGACUCUGACUUAAGCAUAAAAAGCCUAAUUCCUCAUUCUAAAAUCUUGCAUUGUGGUUAUACGUAAUUUAAUUUAAGCUUAGUUAAUUUUUGUGGAGGCCAUGGGCCAGACAGACAUGUUUUUAUAGGUAAAAUAAUUUGUUUUUGUUAUUAACUAUACUUGAUCUAAUCACUGCCUCAUAAAAAAAUUUUUUUCUUCCAAGGAAGGGUUUGGGGUCUCUGUAUAACCAUGGCCUUACUGGAACUUUCUCUGUAUACCAGACUGAUGUUGCUGAGAUUUGCCUGUCUCUGCCUAAAUACAUAUUGAAGAAAGAUCUUAAGAACCAAAUUUCACCUUCCCAAAAUUGUACCCUUGGCUCCAAUUUGUAUUCCCAGACAUACUCUGCUAUUUGCCAAAGCUGACUAUGGUUUACUUACUGUUCCCCAAACCUUCAAGCCCUUGUAAACUUUGUCAAAGAUACUAUUCUGAUCUGGAAUGUUCCUCUUUCCUCUUAAGUCUUGCGUUUAGAUUUUGGCUUCUACUUACUCCCUGAAGCCUUUCCCAGUUUCUCCAACCUUUACAUGGUAGUUCUAGUAUGUUCAAAAUAUCCCUGUGACACUUGAAUCAUGUUAUUUUGUGUUAUUGUUACUUAUUUUCUAUUUCUCUAGUGAAAAUGUGGGCUCUGGAACUCCAUUUUGUAGCACAGAGGAUAGAGUAACUAAUAGGCUUGAUUCAAUGAUUAGGAUCUAGCUAGUAUCAUUGUGACAGGAUAGUUUCCCCCAUAAUUUAUUAUUAGAUUUAAACAUGUGAAGAUUUAUUGGGAGAAUUAAGUCAUAUUUUAUUGUAUGAUUCAAUGACCAGGAAACACAAACAUAAAGCAUGUUAAAUUGAUAAAAUCCUGUAUUGUAAGGAUCUUUUGUCAUUCCCUUUGUAGUCUUAUUUUUUUUCCCUUUAUUUUUUCUCUUAAGUGGUUUGUUUUUUACCUAGUUUCUUUUGAAAAACAUGGUUUGGGCCAGAUGUUGUGACAAAGAUAAAAAUACAAGCAUUUCUGUUUUAAAAUUGUGUAGUUAAAUUAUACUAUGUCAUAAGCCCAAAUUUAUUCAAAUGCUGCAUGACUUUGUAUUUUUGUAGCCAAAUUGUUUGAAAAUAUUAGCCAUAAAGUCCUAAGUAGAACUUUUAAAAUAUCAAUAGAAAGAUCCUCAUUUACAUUUCCUUCUCAGAGUAUUGUUUUAUUUUGAACUGUUAGUUUUAUUAUUUUAGUAAAAAGAUUUUUAUAAUGGCUAAUAUUUGAAAGCUAUAUUUGAUAUUUUUUUCUACAGUUACCAAGUGUUAAUGGAAUACCUGAUUACUUGUAAUGGAAUAUUUUAGAUGCUUUUUUGGCAUUUAUAGAAAUUGAUUUCUUUAUUUUAAAGCUCACCAGGGCUACUGUUACUAUGUUUAUAUAUUUGUAAUUGUUCAUGUUUUUCUGAUAGUGUUCUUCAGGGCAUGUAUCCCUUGUUAAUACACCUAAUGUGAUUUCUUAAGCAAAAAUGGGCACCCUGUUAAAUAAGACGUUUGAUUAAUAAAACAUCUGUAAAUUUUAACUUAGUCUAAGACCUCAUUUUUACCCCUUGUACCCAGGAGUCAUGUUUGGCAAUAGACUGAACUGCCACUGCUGUUUCAUUGCCAGAGCUUAGAUAGUGUAGUGGGUGAGUCCUAGUAAGUCCCCCACCCUUAGACGUUUAUUACUUUAAAAAUUCUUAACAUAAUCACAGUAGAGUUUUAAGCAAAGCCUUUCUAGGAUCAAAAAGCUUCUAUUAUAGUUUUAGCUUUCUCAUGUGAGCUUGUGGUGUUUGGUUCUCGAAUGAGCUUGAGGCACUCAACUUGUCUUCCUUGAAACAUACUUUGAAAGAAACAUUUCUCAUGUAACCCAAGGUCCACUUGUAGAGUUCCAGUCUUGGGCUUUAGCUAUCUUCAGUAAUGUUUUUUUUUUUUUUUUUUUUUUCUGGGCUUAUACUUGUUAAGUCAGUAUUGUAGAAACAAAACAGAAAAUGAACACUCUGAUUUUGUUCACUUUUGUUUUCAUAUACAAGAAUCUUUACAGUCAACAUGUACUUCUAGGUGCUGUAUUGAAAUUGCUGGCAGAGUCUAUUCUAUACAAACUGAACAAUCUGGCCCCUUGUUUUAUUUGUAAAGGUUCAAUGUAUCUAUGCCUGCCUACUUCAAUCUGCAAGGGAGUUUCAGAAAGGCCCCGCAUUCGCCGAGCCGUGAGUUAUCACUAACUUUUCAGAUGUGUUAAUGAAUGUGGAACAGCAGCUGUGUUUAAAAGGAAAUAAAAGUCCAUCAAAGUAAUAUAUUAUAGUAGCAGGCUUGAACACUAAAUAGAUUAUUCCAAAUUGUGUCACAAAUAACAUACUCGAGAUUAGCCUCAGAAAACCUAUUGUUGAAAUGCUCUGAAGCUAUGAUUUUAGCAAAUUAUCUUUCUUAAAAAUGUAUGUGUCCUAGUUGCAAAUCAGAAUGUUCUUUACAUCUUCUUAACCAAGCUAAAACAAUCUGAACAAAAUCUUACCCCAUAGUGUUUAGUUGACUUUUAAGUUAAGCUCUUCAAUAUAAGACCACUUAAAGGGGGUAAAGUUUGAACAGUUUUUUUGUUUGGUAUUCACAUAUGAAAAUACAGAACUUAAUUUAAGAAUUGCUUCCUAGUUGCAAUGUUUGGAGUACUUUAGGUAUCAUGUGAACUGCAGAGGUAUUUACAAUCUCUCUUGGUUUGUUUCAACAGUUUUCGCUUCAGUAAUUCACCAGUAGGUUUUCAUUUAUCAGUGAUACCAAUUUAAGGCUAAACCACAUUCUUUAGGGCUUAUCAUUCUACAUAAAGGAAACGACCCUGUGAGUUUUUCUUUUAUUUCUUCAAAGAUUCUAAGCAAAAAAAAAAAAGUUGUAACUAACAUUUGUAUUUUGUACUCUAGCUAGUUACCUUUCCUUUUCUUAGACUCUUUAAGGUUUUGAGUAAAUAGCUAUACUUGAUAAGCAGGUUGGUUGCUUCUGUUUAGGAGUUGUGUUCUUUUAUGUGAGCACAGAAUGUAUUUUAUUUUGCCUGGUUUGGCAAUGUAGCACAGACCACAUAAAACGUGGAAUAUGGAAUCUUUAGAGGUAUUAAAGUUAACAUUUCAUUUAGGCAAUGUGCCUUUGUUUGACUGGUGUGUAAGUCCUUCUUCCAGGUUUGUACACUCUUAAACACCUUAUUCUACCCUCUAACUCCUCCCAGCAGCAAAAGGGAGACACUUCAACUGGAACAAAAUAGUGGAAGAAAUGGCGUCUGGGGUUCAGUGGGGAUUCGCAGUGUGAGAUACUACUCGACAACGAAUCAAAUUCAGCGAUGACAGAGUAUGCAAGAGCCACCUUCUCAACUGUUGUCCCCAUGAUGUCCUUUCUGGAACUAGAAUGGAUCUUGGAGAAUGCCUGAAAGUCCACGACCUGGCUUUAAGAGCAGAUUAUGAAAUUGCAUCCAAAGAACAGGACUUUUUCUUUGAACUUGAUGCCAUGGAUCAUCUGCAGUCCUUCAUUGCAGAUUGCGAUAGAAGAACUGAAGUGUCUAAGAAAAGAUUAGCAGAAACUCAAGAAGAGAUAAGUGCUGAAGUGGCAGCAAAGGCUGAACGUGUUCAUGAGUUAAAUGAAGAAAUAGGUAAAUUGUUGGCCAAAGUGGAACAACUAGGAGCUGAAGGAAAUGUGGAAGAAUCUCAGAAAGUCAUGGAUGAAGUGGAGAAAGCACGAGCAAAGAAAAGAGAAGCAGAGGAAGUUUAUCGGAAUUCUAUGCCAGCUUCCAGUUUCCAGCAGCAGAAACUUCGAGUCUGUGAAGUUUGUUCUGCAUAUUUAGGUCUUCAUGAUAAUGACAGGCGACUUGCUGAUCAUUUUGGGGGUAAACUGCACCUGGGAUUUAUUGAAAUAAGAGAGAAACUCGAAGAAUUAAAGAGAGUUGUAGCUGAGAAGCAGGAGAAGAGAAACCAGGAACGUCUGAAACGAAGAGAAGAGAGGGAGAGAGAAGAACGGGAAAAACUGAGGAGGUCCCGCUCACAUAGCAAGAAUCCCAAAAGAUCUAGAUCCAGAGAGCAUCGUAGACACCGAUCUCGCUCCAUGUCACGAGAACGCAAGAGGAGGACUCGGUCCAAAUCUCGAGAGAAACGACAUCGCCACAGGUCCCGUUCCAGUAGCCGCAGCCGCAGCCGCAGCCACCAGAGAAGUCGGCACAGUUCUAGAGAUAGGAGCAGAGAGAGAUCCAAGAGGAGAUCCUCAAAAGAAAGAUUCAGAGACCAAGACUUAGCAUCACGUGACAGAGACAGAUCACCUCGUGACCGAGAGCGAAAAGAUAAGAAGCGGUCCUAUGAGAGCGCUAGUGGCAGAUCAGAGGACAGGAGGAGCUCUGAAGAGCGGGAAGCAGGGGAGGUCUAAUUAGCGUGUGUAUCCUCAGUCUUUAAGCUUCCUAUGGAGUUAACAUGCUGUUUAGUUCACAGCCAUUGGGCUGACAGUUCUAGAUACUGAUCCAGGCUAGAUAAGAACCUAUUUUCCUUGAUAAAGCCUAAAACUACAUCCAUAGUUUCUGGUGAACCUGUAGUACCAUUCUGAACGUACAGUUUUACAUAAUAAGACGCUGAUCUCUUUCAAGUAGAAGUGAUAGUGUAUGAAUUGUGUUAAUGCCUUGCAAUUUUUGAACAUUUGUAAAAUUCUGUCUUCCUUUCUAUUCCAAACAGCAGCAGCUUUGGGAAUUUUUAUAAUUCUUCUUCCUUGACUUUGUAUCUCCUAAUACCUGUGCCUCCAACUGUAAGAGAAAAGGGGGCAGGGAAACAAUAUAACUUCUGUUCUAAGGUUCUGUUCAUUCACAUCAAUUACUAGUUGAUUAGAGUUGACCAUUUC